CUUCUCUCCUCAUUAUUCUCAAGAAAAUGCCGAUUGGUGAGCUUGUGGCAGGGGCUGCUCUUGGGCUUACUCUCCAAGUGCUUCACGAAGCCAUCAAAAAAGCAAAAGGUAGAGCAUUGACCACAAAAUGUAUCUUGGACCGUCUUGAUUCUACAAUCUCCAUGAUCACUCCGUUGGUGAAUCAAGUCGAUAAGCUCAGCGAAAGAGUAGAAGAUUCUCAAAGGAAAGUCAUCGAAGAACUCAAGCAUCUCCUUGAAAAGGCCGUUCUUCUUGUUGAAGCUUAUGCAGAACUCAGACGCAGAAACCUACUCAAGAAGUUUAGGUACAAGAGUAGAAUCAAAGAGUUAGAAGCUUCAUUAAGAUGGAUGGUAGAUGUCGACGUUCAAGUCAACCAAUGGCUAGAUAUCAAAGAACUCACGACCAAGAUGUCUGAAAUGAACACUAAACUUGAACAAAUCACGUGCCAACCUACGGAUUGUGAUUGUUUCAGGACCAAUCAAAGCAUAUCACAAAGUGGUAAUCAAAAUACAACAGACCGAUCUUCAGGAGAAGAUCAAGAAAGACCGAAUGAUGAAUCUGAACCAAGGAUUGAUAUACACCUUCGUUGGAGUUCAAGAAACGGAACCAAUCAUGAGAUCCGAUUCAUGGUCAAGUGAUAUCUUAAGCAACAAGUAAAAUGACUGUUCAAAUGUGAAUUCUGAUUAUCUUUCUUCUUCUUCUUUUGUUUUUGUUUUUGUUAUUGUGUGGAUUUGAAGUGGGAUUAUAUACACAAAUAAUGUGUAGAAAUGGGGAAUUCAUGUUCUUUCCCGAAUCUAAUA